CCUUUCAUCUUUAAUUAACAAUAAAUGAAAUUUGAAGAAAAGGUGUUUGCUUUCAAGUUUUGACUGUUUCUUCUUCAUAUCAAAAAGUUAAAAAUGGGUCUAUUAUUUUAGAACCAGACACAGAGACAGAGCACAUAGAGAGCUUCUGUGUUAAUUCUUUAUUCUUCAUCACAUACAACCAGACAACCUAAAUGCUUACAAAUCACACUAAAACAAACGACUUCCCCGAAACAUUCCAACCAAAAUGCCUUCUUCUUCUUCUUGUUUUGUUGUUUUGCUUCUGGUUUUUACUUCUUUCUCCUCUGUUUUCCCAACUUCCAUAGCCCAUAAGACGCCGCCAAAAAACCAAACUUAUUUUCACCCCUCCAAAGAGCUGAAUGAACUGAAGCAUAUCAGAGCUUAUUUACGCAAAAUCAACAAGCCUCCAACCAAGACAAUUCAGAGCUCGGAUGGCGAUGUUAUAGACUGUGUUCUUUCUCAUCUCCAGCCUGCUUUUGAUCAUCCUCACCUCAAAGGACACACUCCAUUGCGACCGCCGGAGAGGCCGAGAGGGAACAACUCCGGGGAAGAAGUGGCAGAGAACUUCCAGUUAUGGUCAGCCUCAGGCGAUUUCUGCCCGGAAGGGACAAUUCCAAUCAGAAGAACAACAGAGCAAGACAUUUACAGAGCAAGUUCUUUCAGAAGAUUUGGAAGAAAACCCAUUAGACAUAUGAGGAGAGAUUCUUCUGGCAAUGGCCAUGAGCAUGCUGUGGUGUUUGUGAAUGGAGAACAAUAUUAUGGAGCAAAGGCGAGCUUAAACAUAUGGGCACCUCGUGUUACUGAUCAAAACGAAUUCAGCUUAUCACAAAUCUGGGUCAUUUCAGGCUCUUUUGGCAAUGAUUUGAACACCAUUGAAGCUGGAUGGCAGGUUAGUCCUGAGUUGUACGGCGACAACAAUCCUAGAUUCUUUACGUACUGGACGACUGAUGCUUAUCAAGCCACUGGAUGUUACAAUCUACUUUGCUCGGGCUUCGUUCAAACGAACAACCGGAUCGCCAUUGGAGCAGCCAUUUCGCCUAUGUCCUCUUACAAUGGGAAGCAAUUCGACGUUGGCAUAAUGGUUUGGAAGGAUCCGAAGCAUGGGCAUUGGUGGCUAGAAUACGGGUCGGGUUUGCUAGUGGGGUACUGGCCAGCGUUUUUGUUUAGCCAUUUGAGGAGCCAUGGAAGCAUGGUGCAGUUUGGAGGGGAGAUUGUGAACAGCAGAGGGUCAGGGUUCCACACAGCCACGGAAAUGGGGAGUGGGCAUUUUGGUGAAGAAGGGUUUGCGAAAGCUUCUUAUUUUAGGAACUUGCAGGUGGUUGAUUGGGACAAUAAUUUGCUUCCUCUUACCAAUCUUCAUGUCUUGGCUGACCAUUCUGACUGCUAUGAUAUUAGACAAGGCACUAAUGAUGUUUGGGGCACUUAUUUUUACUAUGGAGGUCCCGGUAGGAAUGUUAAAUGCCCUUGAAUA